AUGACAGGAAAGACAGCUGCCGUCAUUGGAACUGGCUUCAGUGGCCUUUGUUCUGCUAUUCGCCUUAAACAAGAGUUGAACAUCAAAGUCGAUUUGUUCGAGAUCAAUACAGAUGUUGCAGGUACCUGGCAGAAUAAUCGAUACCUCGGUGCUGCGUGUGAUAUCCCAAGUCAUUUGUAUUCGCUCUCCUUUGAACUUAAUCCAACAUGGACGUCUCAUUACAGCGGCCAAUCCGAGAUUCAAGCCUACCUUAGUCAUGUCGCCAGGAAAUAUGAUCUCUACAAGAAGACACGAUUCGAGACCGAGGUGAUAAAGACUGAAUGGGACGACCAUCGCAAGCAAUGGCUUGUUGAAUGGCGUAGUGUUGUCAACCACCAAGUGACAGGAGAGGGUUAUUACGACUUUGUCUUUGCUGGAUUGGGCCCUUUGCGUAUUCCCAACAUACCCGAAGAAUUCAAAGGCUUCCAAGGCACCAUUGUGCAUACCACCGAAUGGGAUUCAUCCAUUGAUUACACAAACAAAAAGUUGGCUGUCAUCGGCAGUGGCGCUUCUGCUAUCCAAGUGAUUCCAGAGUUACGGAAAGUUGCAUCGCACGUGUAUAGCUACCAGCGUACACCGGCAUGGGUUGUACCACGAGAUCAAUUCACUUACCCAAGGAUCUUCAAGUUUCUAUUACGAUGGGUGCCCUUCCUUAUCCGCUUUUACCGCAAUUUCCUCUUUAUUCAACAUGAAAUCUACUAUAUCAUCUUUGGUUACCCCAAUUCCUUUUUAUCUCGAAGGGUCACUUCUUUUAUGAAAAAGAUCUUUGCUUGGCGACUCACUCGUGCAGGCCGUCCUGAUCUUGUCCCUGUUCUCACACCUGAUUACAGCAUUGGUUGUAAGCGUAUUGCCAAAUCAGAAAAUUUCUUGGAAGCCUGUGCCAAACCCAAUGUCACCAUUAUUCGAUCCGGCAUUGACCAAGUGAAAGGAAGAACAUUGGUGGAUAAGGAUGGUAAUGAAACAGAGGUGGAUAUCCUGAUCUUGGCUACAGGAUUUGACAUCCAGGGCUUCACCGGAAACUUGAGCAUACGAGGAAAGGAUGGUAGAUCCAUGGCGGAGGAAUUCUCUCGUGGCUUCCCCAAGACUUACAAGAGCGUAUGCGCAACUGGCUAUCCAAACUUCUUUUUACUCUUGGGCCCUUCGUCAGGUCUUGGUCAUAAUUCAGUGGUGACAAUGAUUGAAUGCCAAGUGGAAUUUGCCAUCAAGUGUAUCAAGCACAUGGAAAAGAAAAAGGCAUCUGCCAUUGAACCCAAGGAGUCGGCUGUUGAUGAAUUCGUUGGAAAGUUGAAGAAGAGCUUUGACGGCACUGUUUGGACAUCAGGAUGCAAAUCGUGGUAUAUGAAUCAGGAAGGACAGCCUUAUGCUCUUUGGUCAGGUACCAUCACAUCCUACUGGUGGGCUUUACGCAAGGUCCGGGGAGAAGACUUUGAACUCCAUAAAAAAGACACUAUCACACAAUUACCAUCAUCCUUGUAA